AGGAGCCUUCCACUCCAGAGGAGGAGAGGAGGGAGCCAUGAGCUUCGGGAGCAAGUCUUCUGUGAGCUGCGCUGACGCUCGUUGGCCGGUUAGACCAAGCUACAAGUGGCCGGAGUCCGACGCCGAGUUCGUGAAGUCGAUGGCAGGAAGAAGGGGUGAAAGAGGCAGCCAUCGCGAUGGGAGGAAGAAGUGGAGUCCGAGUCCGAUGGUGGUGGAUAGCUAUUCCUGCCGGCAGAUGUACCUGAGGAGCUACACCUUCUCCAAGGAGGAGACUGUCACGGAGAAGGCACGGCAGUGCCUCGGGAAAGUCAAGGGGCGAGCUGCUCUUCUGUUCCCUUUUCUCCAGCAGAAUUCUGAGAGCGGCAAUGAAAUGCACGGACGUAACAGCAGGAGGAAGAAGAAGAAGAAGAAGAAGAAGGGUUGCGGAACAAACAGGAAGCUGAGAGAGAUCUCCUACUCGGCACUGUUCUCCAUUUUCUACCGACUCCUCUUGUGCACCGCUGGUGUCGAAGUUGCUGACCGAAAAUAAACCGACGUGUUAAUUUUGCUGGAUCUCUCUCCAUACAAGUACAAAUUUGUUCUAUGUAUUCUCAGAAGCUGGUGUUUUGUAUCUGUGUAUCGUACUAAAAUAUCAGAAUUAAGAGUCGCAAUAUUACUUUUA